GUUUUGAAAAAAAUAAAUAAAGUGUUACAUAAGAAAGAAAGAGAAUAUGGAGGAGAAAUAUAUUUAUAUAGUUAUACGUAUAUUGGCGAUUAUAGUUGGGUUAUUAAUACUUUCAUUAUCUAUUGAUAUUAACCAACAACGUCGAUAUAAAAAUCAUGUUCAGUUAACAGAGAUGAAUUUUACGCUAUUUACAGGGCUUUUUUCUAUUAUAACGGUGGUCUUUGAGUUUAUAAAGUCAUCAGUUCAUGUUCUUAAUCGUCCUAUUAUUACAUUUAUUAAUGAUAUCCUUAAUUUAAUUUUUACAUUUUCAGCAAGUGUUAUUCUUGCACGUAUAACAGGAUUCCAUUCAUGUACAAAUGAUUCGUAUGUGAGGGGAACGCCGGUAUUUAUGGGAUCUAAAGGAUUCUGCCGUGAAUUCCAUGCUUUAGCGUUUUUAUCAUUAAUUCUUUUCUUUUUGUAUAUCAUAUUAUCUAUUAUUUCGGCUCUUGUCUACGGGAAGAUCAAGGGAUCCAAUUCGAGGCUUCGUUCUUAAGAUUUUUGAGAUUUAGAUGAUUUUAUUUAUUAUAAAUAUUUGUAAU